AUGCUGAGCGUGAACACGUCGCCAAUGCAGGCUCCAGGGAUCAGCACCACGGAGGAGAGGUUCCUUCAGGCUGAGCAUUUCGUUACUGUCGUGCUCUCCCGACUGGAAAAAGACCCCAUGUCGGUGUCUCCACGCCUCUGGGCCUUCCAACAGCAGCCUACAGCGAAUCGACUGUGGGCCUUCAAGCAGCAAGCGCUGGUGGGCUCGUGCGAUGUUUCCCGUGGCUCGAGGAAAUACGAGGAGCUGAACCCGCAGAGAAACGCCACAGGGCUACUAGGCUUCCACUGCUGCCAAUUUGUCGCUGGAGACGACUCGAAAUUGUAG